AUGGCGAAAAGGGAGUGGGUGGUGGUCUUGCUCACGGGUUCACUGAAAACCCUAACGAGGGUUCGUAAAAUGGAGUUUGGUACUGUGAAUGCAAGGAUCAUCGUGGUCACGGAUUUCAUCGCUGUUCCUGUUCGUGUGGUUCUCGCUGCUGUGAGUGAUCUUGGGCCUAUCGUCUCCGAUGAUGAUGUUGAUGAUGCGCUCGUUGUCACUCAAGCCUGUGUUCACCGUGGGAAGCUGCCGGUUGAGUCUUCGUCAAAGGAUAUUGUUGUCUCAAUAUCAAAAACACCAGAGCUCAUUAGAAAUCAAUGGCUUGAAGAAAUCGGUCGAGUGUCGAAACCCGGUGGGAAAAUUCUCAUCCAGGCUUACUUCCCAAUUAAUGACAAAUUUUCCGAGUUGAAAUCACAACUAGAGCGGGCAGCAACCAUGGCAGGAUUUCUGGAGUUUCAAGCUUUGCAUGAUGCAAAAGAUUUCUUUUCAGUAGAAGGUUACCGAUCCUUCACGAUCAAGUGUGAGAAGGCUGCUUGGAAUGUCGGGGCAUCAUUCGACAUCAAGAAAGCAUUUACUGGUAAGAUUCAAAUUGACGAGGAAUUGGAUUUCAUUGAUGAAGAUAGUCUGCUGACAGAGGAAGACCUGAAGAAACCUCAGUUACCACCUGUCGGAGAUUGUGAAGUUGGGAGCACAAGGAAAGCAUGCAAGAACUGCACUUGUGGUAGGGCUGAGGCCGAGAACAAAGUGGAGAAGUUGGGGCUAACUGCAGAGCAGAUAAAUAAUCCCCAAUCAGCAUGUGGCAAUUGUGGCCUUGGUGAUGCAUUCCGGUGUGGGAGUUGCCUUUACAAAGGCCUUUCUCCAUUCAAGCUUGGCGAAAAGGUUUCUCUGGGAGGGGAUUUCCUUGUAGCUGAAAUUUGAGAGAUGUUGGAAUCCUUGUUUAUUUUUUUGUUUGUCGGCGCGGAUGAUAUUACAAAAACAAACUCACUUUUAUAUAUCAAUGAGCAGCAAUGUUUUACAUAUGUUCAUUUGCUAGGCUUGUUGUGAUAGCAGAACUAACAAUCCCUGUGGACCGACCAAAAUCUCAUUCAGAAAACUCACAAGGCCAAACCAAACCACA